CCAGACCAGGACGGGACGGGGCAGCUUCUUCGCUACGGUCUUUGGUAAAUACAUGACUUCCUCCCAGCACUCCUCCCCAAGGUCCUCCCUCUCACUUUUGGGUGGGUGUAUGACUUGAAGGGGGAGAGGUCGAUAUUUGAAGAGAAGAGAAACGUUUGGCUAAUUGGAGUGAACGAACAGUAUGUCUCACGUCGGCCGCCCUGGGAUACUACUUCGGACAGAGCGGCAUCAAGACCUUACCCACGGGCUCCACGGUCCCACUGGAGGCGUCAAUCGCACCGAAACACAACAUCUCGGACGCGAACAUGGAGGCGGCAUGGACCGACUUCCGCGACAUCGUCGGCAAGGAGAACAUCACGGUCGAGAAGUCCGAACUCGAAUCGCACGCCGGGUCGUCCUGGUCGUCGCACCCCGCCGCACCAGGCGACGUGCCCUUCUGCGUCGUGAAGCCCGGCAACACGGCGGAAGUCAGCGCCAUCAUGAAGAUCUGCCACGAGCGCAAGAUCCCCGUGACUGCGUACUCCGGGGGCACGAGUCUGGAGGGCCACUUCGCGGCGACGCGGGGCGGCAUCUGCGUUGACUUCUCGCGCAUGGACAAGAUCCUGCAGCUCAACGCGCAGGACCUCGACGUCGUGGUGCAGCCCGCCGUCGGCUGGGAGCUCCUGAACGAAGAGCUCGCCAAAUCCAACCUCUUCUUCCCCCCCGACCCGGGCCCCGGCGCCAUGAUCGGCGGCAUGGUGGGAACCGGGUGCUCGGGCACCAACGCGUACCGGUACGGCACGAUGAAGGACUGGGUGCUCUCGCUGACGGUCGUGCUCGCCGACGGCACCGUCAUCAAGACCCGCCAGCGGCCCCGCAAGUCGUCCGCGGGUUACGACCUCACACGCAUGUUCGUGGGCAGCGAGGGCACGCUGGGGUUGGUCACGGAAGCGACGCUCAAGGUGACGGUGAAGCCGCAGCACACGAGCGUCGCGGUGUGCGCGUUCAACAGCGUGCGCGCGGCCGCCGACUGCGUGUUCAAGGUGGUGGGCGCGGGAGUCCCCAUCGCAGCGAUCGAGAUCCUCGACGACGUGCAGAUGAAGUGCAUCAACGACGCGGGGAUGACGAGCAAGACGUGGAAGAACGCGCCGACGCUGUUCUUCAAGUUCGCGGGCACGCCGUCCAGCGUCAAGGAGCAGAUCGGCCAGGUGCAGACGCUGGCGAAGAAGUCCGGGUCCACGAGCUUCGAGUUCGCAAAGAGCGAGCAGGAGAAGGAGGACCUGUGGCAGGCGAGGAAGGAGGCCCUCUGGAGCGUCAUGGCGCAGGGCCAGGGCGACGACGACAUGUCCGUCUGGACCACCGACGUCGCGGUGCCCAUCUCCCGCCUCCCGGACAUCAUCGAGGAGACGAAGGACGAGAUCGCGAAGAGCGGGCUCCUGGGAUCCAUAGUCGGCCACGUCGGCGACGGCAAUUUCCACUCAAUCAUCCUCUACAACAAGAAAACCCAGCACGCCCUCGCCUCGCACCUCGUGCACAACAUGGUGAAGCGCGCCAUCGAGAUGGAGGGCACCGCGACGGGCGAGCACGGCGUCGGCCUCGUCAAGCGCGACUACCUGCCCCACGAGCUGGGCGCCGACACCGUCGCCGCCAUGCGCAGGCUCAAGCUCGCUUUCGACCCCCAGUGCCUGCUCAACUGCGACAAGAUUGUGCGGGUGCAGCCGCCGCGGCAGGGGGAGGUAGAGGAGUGGUAGUGUAGCGUAGCGUAGCGUAGCGGGGAUGGGAAGAUAAUGAAUAUUAGUAAGGCUCAGCAAGAAGGUCUUCGAGGAAAUAUUACAUUGUCAUGUACAUGAAUACAUACACACGUACAUACACCAUACAAUUCCAUUCAACUCACCCCCUCCCCCCUCACCUCCUCCUUCAAAGUGAAAACCUCCCCUCACCGAUAAAUAACCUGCACAUCGCCCACGCCCCUAAUCUUCCUCUCCACCACCUUCUCGCUGAGCCCCAGUUCCAUGCAAAUCUCGUCGAACGCGUGCAUCCCGUCCAGGAACCUCAUGAGCG